AUGCCAGACCUCCAAAAGCUCCUCGACAAGAAACAACACAAACACCAACUCCAAGCGACGAUGGAGAAAACAUCACCAGACAACAACCCCAAACACCCCUCCCUCAUCAAAACAACCCCAGGCUUCCACUUCCGCCCACCCCCACCCCCGCACAACCUCACCACCUUCAUAACCCCGGACACCUCCCUCUUCCAAACAAUCCACAUGGGCGCCGCCAUAAUCGACCACAACCUCUGGCGUCUCGAGAUCCACGGCCUCGUCUCGCACCCCUACACCCUGUCCUUGACUGAACUGAAAGCCUUGCCGUCGACGAAGAUCACGGCGUUUCAUGAGUGUUAUGGCAGUCCCCUGAAACCGCCUACGGAGUUUGUGAGGCGCGUCGGGAAUGUUACGUGGACGGGCGUGCAGUUGGCGAAGUUAUUAGCGAUGGCGGAACCUCUACCGGAAGCGGAUUUCAUCUGGUCGGAUGGGCUGGACUCUGGGACUUUUGCCUCCGUUGAAGCAGAUCGGUAUCAGAAAGACCUCCCGCUCAGCAAGGCCUUUCAGGAUGAAGUCCUCGUCGCGUACGAAAUCAACGGACAGCCUCUGGAUGUGCGGCGAGGUGGGCCGGUGCGACUUGUGGUGCCCGGGUGGUUUGGGACGAACAGUGUCAAGUGGCUCUGUUCGUUGGCGGCGAGGAAGGGGAGGUCGCCGGGGCCGUUCACGACGACUUUUUAUAAUGAGUUGGUUCCGGGGGAUGAGAGUGGGAAGAUGAGGCCGGUGUGGGAGGUUGAGCCGAGUUCUAUGAUCGUCAGUCCGGAGCCAGAUGUUGUGGUACGAGGUCCGGAGGUGAGGGUUUGGGGGUGGGCUUGGAGCGGUGAUGGUGUCGAGAGGGUGGAGGUCGAUGUUGAUGAAGCUGGGGGUUGGGUUCCGGCUUCAGUUAUCCCACGGAAAGAGUUCGAGUGGCAGAGGUUUGAGGUCACACUUCGUCUCCCAGAGGGCCAGCAUACCAUUUCAGCGCGAGCCAGCUCUUGUCAGGGCCAUCAGCAACCACUGCGAGGGCGUCGAAAUCAGGUCCACAGACUCGCCUUCCAAGUAUUCUGA